UUUAUCGAUAAUUUCGCGGUCACACUGUCCCUAGCUCAGAUUUUGUGGAUUUCGUGGAAAAAGUGUAAAUACUUGAGAAAACAAGCGAAAAAAGUUUCUGCGGGUCGUGCGUCAACGUUAGCAAACAAUGCAAAAUCAAAUAUGUUUUCCACUGCAUACAGAAAAAUAAACAAACACAAGAAGCAUAAAGUAUGCAGAAAAUUAAGCACAAAAGGAGCCAUUAAGUGUUGCGUGUGAAAGAAUUAACAGUUUUGUGCAGCUCGUCGUCGUCGUCGUCGUCGUCAUAAAACCUUUCUGUUUCAAUAGCACAUACAAUGGAUAUUUGUUGAAACUUUGUUGCAUUUACAAACUGGUGUUUAAGAACAACAAGAACAACAGCGACAACCCUCGGAGGCACACGCAAAGCAAAAGAAAGAAAAGAAAACACACAAAAUAAAAAUAUACAUUUAUAUAGCAUCAAAUUUACAUUAAGCCGCCGCCGCCAAGUCAAGUCGUGGAGGGGACAAGGAAGAAGUAAUUUUUAUUGUUGGAGAAACGCACCAUUAAAAUUAAUCAACCAACUACACACGUUCCUUAAAACAAAUGUUUUCCAAACCGCAAACCAACUAAACGAAAUAUGCUUUUGAAUUAGUUUAAGCAGACAGCAGCAGCAGCAGCACAAGCAAAACCAUAAAAAGCGCGAAAAAAAAUAAUUUUAAUUUGAAUACCAACAAAAGCCUGUGGCGACGAUAUAUAUAUAUAUAUCUCAAGAUAUAUAAAUCACACCAUAUAUACACAUUUAAAUAGGAAAUACCCCGGAUAUCCAUAACAUAGCGACACCGAUUAAGCCAAACUGCAGGGAAAACAAGAACAAAACACUCAGCGAGAGCCAGCAAAAAAAAGGCAAAAAACAAAAAUAAAACAAAUAAAACAAGAGGAACGCAAAGAAAGAACAUCGUAUUGGAGAAUCUCGUCAGAUUAAGUGGAUUUCGAACUCCGAUAAAGCAUUGAAUGUUCUUGGAUCGCUGGACUACAAGGGGAACCAAUCGUCGUAUCAUUCGUCAUUCGUGCAUCGGACUCUGACAGAGUCUGGAGUCUGAUCAAGGAUUUAGUGUAAAGCCAUCGAGGAAGAGGAGUAGGAAAGGGAACGAACGGGGAAGUAAGCAAUAGCCAAAGAGAGCCUGUCGAGCGGAUUGUGGCAACGGGAGGAUCGGAGAGUGAGCAACGCCAAAG